AUGCAGACCGCCGACUCUGCACCGCCGAGCAAACGCCCUCGCAACACGGCCAGAGAAGAGCCUCCUGCGUCCCUUACGAAGGAUGGCGAGUUCUGGUAUGAAGACGGCACAAUUGUUCUGAUCGCGAAGAACGUCGAAUUUCGCGUCUACCGAGGUCCCCUUGCGAAGCAUUCCCCUGUCUUCCAUGACAUGCUGUCCAUGCCGCAGCCGCCUCAGCUACCGACGUCCCCUCUCAACCCAAGCCUUCCUGUGAUACACCUCACGGACUCCCCAGAAGACUUAAGACAUGUCCUCCGCGUCUUCACCGUAGGGGCGUCCCUCGAGCAUCUUCGGGCGCAGGCGCCCUCCUGCCACGCGGUCUUCUCGUGGAUCCGGCUGGGGCACAAGUACCAGUUCGAGCAGCUCGUCGAGGAGGGCCUCCGCCACCUCCGCCUCGCCUACCCCAACCAACUCACGUCGGACUCCACCCCGGUCAGGCGGGAGCGGCCGGCGGACCUCAUCAAUCAGGCCGCAAUCGUGGCCGUCAACCUCGCGCGCCUCACGGAGAGCGACGACCUCCUACCGCUCGCGCUCCUCGAGUGCUGCAAGCUUGGUGAGACAAUCACGCAGGGGUACGAGCGCGAGGACGGUACGAAGGAGUAUCUCAGCCCGGAGGACCUCGGACGGUGCUUUGCGGCCAAGGCCAAGCUCGCGCUGCGGAACGCGGAGGCGGUGCUCCAAGUCCAGGAAGCUGCCAGUCCCGGCAAUCUCGAGCGUGUGUUCAAGGAUCACAGGUGCAACGGCCGGGAGGAGUGCGCAAGUCUGCUCGCGCUGUGGCGCAGACUGUUCUGCGCGGGGGCGGUGGGCGACAUCGAAGUCGAUCGCUUGCUGAUGGAGGACGGAAACGAGUUGUUCAGGUCGCGUAGCCUGUGCUCGGGCUGCCUGCGCUGCGUAGAUUACCUGCUCAUGCAGCAGCGAACGAAGUUCUGGAACGCUCUACCUGAGAUCUUCAACAUCUCCGUGCCUGAGGGGUGGAAGGUGAAGUAG